CGUGGGCCCGCUUGCAAUCGGCCUCCAAACCCACAAGGCUCGUGAAACUCCAAACCUAGAACUAAAAAAGAAAGAAAAAGAAAACCGCAAAGCAGCCGAGCACGAGCGCCGCCGUUCCCUCCUCUCUUCUGCUGGAUCCUCCAUCCGCUGCAUCCCCAGUUAACUGCCGCCCGUCCGGGCGUGGAUUGGUUCCUCCUUUUGCUGGUACCUCCUGAAUGGAUUUUUUCACUGAGUAUGGUGAGGGAAGCAGAUACAAGAUAGAAGAGGUCAUAGGAAAAGGGAGUUACGGCGUGGUUUGCUCUGCUUUGGAUACUCACAUUGGCGAUAAAGUUGCAAUCAAGAAGAUAAAUGACAUCUUUGAACAUGUGUCUGAUGCAACACGGAUACUUCGUGAGAUCAAGUUGCUUCGCCUCCUGCGACAUCCGGAUAUUGUUGAAAUAAAACAUAUUUUACUUCCUCCAUCAAGGAGGGAAUUCAAGGAUAUAUAUGUUGUGUUUGAACUCAUGGAAUCUGAUUUGCACCAAGUUAUAAAAGCUAAUGAUGACUUGACUCCAGAACACUAUCAAUUUUUCCUGUAUCAGUUACUUCGAGGAUUGAAAUACAUACAUACAGCAAAUGUGUUUCACCGAGAUCUCAAACCAAAAAAUAUUUUGGCGAAUGCUGAUUGCAAGCUCAAAAUAUGUGAUUUCGGACUUGCAAGAGUAGCUUUCAAUGAUGCUCCGACUGCCAUCUUUUGGACGGAUUAUGUUGCAACAAGAUGGUACCGAGCACCUGAGCUCUGUGGAUCUUUUUUCUCCAAGUAUACACCAGCAAUAGACAUAUGGAGCAUCGGCUGCAUAUUUGCAGAGCUUUUAACGGGAAAACCUUUUUUCCCUGGAAAAAAUGUGGUACACCAACUUGAUAUAAUUACAGAUCUCCUGGGAACACCAUCUCCGGAAGCAAUAUCUAGGAUUCGAAAUGAGAAGGCCAAGCGCUACCUGAGCAGCAUGAGGCGGAAAAAGCCUAUACCGUUUACUCAGAAAUUUCCGAAUGCAGAUCCACUUGCAUUACGUUUGUUGGAGAGGAUGCUAGCUUUUGAUCCAAAAGAUAGGCCAAGUGCUGAGGAGGCUCUUGCUGACCCAUAUUUCAAGAACAUAGCCAAUGUGGAUAGAGAACCAUCAGCACAGCCUGUGACAAAGCUGGAAUUUGAGUUUGAGAGGCGGAGAAUUACAAAAGAAGAUAUAAGGGAACUCAUCUACAAAGAAAUUCUAGAGUAUCAUCCAAAUAUGUUGAGGGAAUUUAUUGAGGGGACUGAGUCAACUGGUUUCAUGUACCCAAGUGCAGUAGAUCAUUUUAAGAAGCAGUUUGCAUAUCUUGAAGAGCAUUAUGCAAAGGGAUCAACAGCAGCUCCACCGGAGAGGCAACAUAACUCUUUACCAAGGCCUUGUGUGUUAUAUUCGGAUAACCGAACACAAAGCACAGCUAGUGUCACGGAGGAUCUUUCCAAGUGUGUAAUCAGAGAUGACACACGAAGAGCACAGCGAGAUUCUGCAUCUGUUGGCACAAAUAGUGUUCCACAAGGUAGUGCUAUGAGGCCUGGUAAAGUGGUUGGUUCGGCAAUGCGUUAUGGUAGCUGUUCAUCAUCUGCUGCCGACCAAUAUGAGCAGAGAAGAAUAGCUAGAAACCCAGCAAUUGCUCCUAAUGGUGUUUCACCUCGAAACUCAUACCCCAGAAGAAUACCUACCUGCAAGAGCGAAACAUGUGAGGCAGAAAGGAUUGAUGCGGACCAAGCUGGGCAACCAAAGCCAUACAUACCUAACAAACUACCUACUACUGUUGAUGGCCGGAACGGUCACUGGUAGGUUACUAGAUGCCUGCAGUUCACUGGCAAACCCAACUUAGUAUCUGCAAUGCACCAGCAAACCCUUACGAUGCUAUCUUGGACACAUGCUGACACAUUCAAAGACGUCUUUUUGUACAGAGUUGUAACUUUGUUCAGGGAUUCUAUCAUUCUAUGCCCUGAAACACUGCAGAACUGUAUCUCAAGUCUGCACGACAGGCUGCUUGUUUCCACGCUUCCUCGGUCGACCAGUAGACUUGCCCAUGCUAGCUGAUUGAUGCAGAUUAACCUUGUAAGGUGUAUAGUGGAAACUUUGUGGCAUUGGCAGCAGGGAACUUCUGACACAACUGAUGAUGCUAAUCAAUUUGUUCCUGAAGCUGGUGGCUCUAAUCUCUGAAUUAUGCCAUGGUCUAAUUGUUGUUGUAACAUGUAACUUACUGAGUUCAAGUUCGAAUAGUUCGACACUGUUUCUUGUAGCCUUUUCAUUCAAAUGCAAUAAUAAUAAUUAACUAUUAGUUUUACAAUGAAA